GCUCUGCCUUUACAUAGUCGGGUCAGCAGGGAAAAGCGAUUCGGAAUUUGCGCACGCACUCCUUCCACAAACACGAGCCGUCUGACGAAACGUCCAUUUCCUCCAUCAUGCAACUUUGCCAGGUGUUGUUCCCCGUCUUUCUCAUCGGCACACUCCUUCCUCUUGGCGUCGACUGUGACGAGCAGCAACUCCGCGAAGAUAAAAUUGUGGUUGUGACCAUUGCAACUAAGGAGACUGAUGGCUUCAAGCGUUUCAUGAGAUCAGCAAAACAUUUUAAUUACACUGUCAAGGUUCUUGGUCGGGGUCAAAAAUGGAAAGGCGGCGACUACUUGUCCCCUGGGGGAGGUCAGAAAGUACGAAUUCUUAAAGCAGCCCUGGAGGAAAUGAAGGAUGAGGAUAAAAUAAUUCUUUUUAUUGACAGCUAUGAUGUGAUUUUCGCAUCAAGUCCCAAAGAGCUGCUGAAGAAGUUUAUACAGGCCAAACACAAGGUGGUGUUCUCCUCUGAGACCCUGAUCUGGCCCGACAGACACUUGGAGGAUAAAUAUCCACACGUCCCGGAGGGCAACAGGUUCCUCGGCUCAGGGGGCUUUAUUGGCUACCUUCCCAACAUCAAGCAAAUGGUUGCUGAGUGGACAGGAGAAGACAAUGACAGUGAUCAGCUGUUUUUCACCAAGAUUUAUAUCAAUCCUGAGAAAAGAAACUCCAUAAAUAUCACACUGGACAGCAAAUGCAGAUUGUUUCAGAACCUUCAUGGAGCUCUUGAUGAAGUGGUGUUAAAAUUUGAGGAUCGACACGUACGUGGCAGAAAUUUGUUGUACGAUACGCUACCUGUCAUCAUCCACGGGAAUGGACCGACCAAGCUUCAGCUCAACUAUCUCGGUAACUACAUACCAAAUGCCUGGACAUUUGAGACAGGCUGCAGAGUGUGUCAAGAGGAUCUACGCCCACUCAGGAACCUUAAGGAAAGUGAAUAUCCUUUGGUGGUGAUUGGUGUCUUCAUUCAGCAGCCCACCCCAUUUGUCACCGUGUUUUUUGAACGCCUGCUCAAGCUUCAAUAUCCCAAGAAUAGGCUCAAACUCUUCAUUUUCAACAAGGAACCUCAUCACGAGCGUGAGGUCAGCUCUUUCCUGCAGGACCAUGGAAGUCUUUACCUGGAUGUGAAAUUCAUCGGGCCCGAAGAGGAGAUGGAUGGAGCAACUGCACGCAACGUGGGCUUUGAUAUGUGCAGGAAGCAGAAGGACUGUGACUAUUUCUUCAACUUGGACAUUGAAGUUGUUUUGAAGAAUGAGAACACACUCAAAAUUCUCAUCGAACAAAACCUGCCAAUCCUGGCACCAUUGUUGACGCGGAGUGGCCGAUUGUGGAGCAACUUCUGGGGAGCCCUCAGCGCAGACGGCUACUAUGCCAGGUCUGAGGACUACGUGGACCUUGUUCAAGGACGUAGGGUGGGAAUAUGGAAUGUGCCGUAUGUCACCAGCGUGUACCUGAUGAAGGCCAGCCUCCUCCGCUCAGAGCUUUCAGCCGAUGAUCUAUUUCAUUCACAGUCCAUGGACGCUGAUAUGGCCUUCUGCCAACAUGUUCGAAACAAGGGAGUCUUCAUGUACGUAUCCAACAUGGACACUUUUGGGCGCAUCCUAUCAACAGAAAACUGCCAGACCAGUCAUCUGCAUAAUGAUCUGUGGCAGAUCUUUGAAAAUCCAGAGGACUGGCAGGAGCGCUACAUUCAUGAGAACUACACUCACAUCAUGAAAGAUAAACUUGUUGAAACUCCUUGCCCUGAUGUGUACUGGUUUCCAAUAUUCAGCAAUAUUGCUUGCAACCACCUGGUUGAAGAAAUGGAACACUUUGGGAAGUGGUCAGGAGGCAGUAACAUGGACACUCGAAUCCAGGGUGGCUAUGAGAAUGUCCCCACCAUUGACAUCCACAUGUAUCAAGUCAGCUUUGAUAAGGAAUGGCACCAGUUUUUACUGGAGUACAUUGCACCGAUAACAGAGAAAAUGUAUCCUGGUUACUACACCAAGUGCACUACUCCCUUGAAUUUCGUGGUGAGGUACAAACCCGACGAGCAGCCCCUGCUCGAGCCUCACCAUGACGCCUCCACAUUUACUAUAAACAUUGCUCUCAACAGCAAAGAUGUUGACUACCAGGGUGGAGGAUGCCGAUUCCUCCGCUACGACUGCGCUGUCGAGGCUCCUCGUAAAGGCUGGGCUCUCAUGCACCCUGGCCGCCUCACCCACUACCACGAAGGCCUGCCCACCACAGCCGGCGUCCGCUACAUCGCAGUGUCAUUCGUGGACCCCUGAACUCCUGCACAUAAUCAGGAUAGACGUACACGGACAGCGUAUUUAAGAUGCAUUUAAUAAGCAUCAUAGAAAGUGUUGACAGUUUUUACUUUAUAUACUAUUGUGCCUAUCUCCAAGAAUGAUAUUGCACAAGUUGAACCAUGAGCUAUAUUUUUAAAACACACAAAAAGGGAACUUGGGCCAGUGAAUUUUAGAUUGUACAUAUGAAUGUUUGUGACCCACAGCUGUACUGUCAAACCAGUUACAUAUUUAUUUUUUUUUAACUAUCAAGUGCGAAUGUUGCCAGUGUCCAAUGUCCAGCAUUUUGUUGGCUUCAUGGUGGUAGUGUUAGAGGUCUAUAUUGAGUGGUACAAAACAACUUGUUCUCAACAGCCACAACUAUUGAGACUUAAGUGUGUAACAGGCCGGACCAAUAAAACAUCUGUCAACACUGA